AUGACGACCACAUCAACGCUUACUGGAAGCACAUCUUUGUCGAGCACAGCAACGGCUUCGACUUCGGCAGUUAGAGGUACCGACGGAUGCGUGGUUUGCGAUACCGGGGCAUCGUGCCCUGAUUGCCCUUCAGGCGAAUACUGUGUUAUGACUUCAUUAACGUGCGACAGCUGUUCCACCUUCUCUUGUGUCAAGCAGCCCAGCUCACAACUAAAUGGUUUAAACAGUACUUCCACUAGUUCUAGUUCUCAUAGUUCUAACAAAAAUGGAGAGAUCAUUGGAGUCACACUGGGCGUUAUCGGUGGUGUAGUGGUUAUUGUUUUGGUGACGUUAUUUUUUAUCAAUGAGAAAUACUGGAAGCCUAGAAGGCAAAGAAACAAGGCUUUGAGAUUAGAAGAGGGAUCGCGAAAUUAUGGGAACGAAGACGAAUACUUUGAGGACGAAGAUGAAGACGACGAUGAUGAUGAUGAUGAAGACGACGACGACGAAGACGACGGGGAUAUGAGAAAGGAUGAAAAUUACACCAAGUUCAAUGCGCCAUUGGUUCCUCCAAACCUCAACGCCCCCGGAAAUAGAAGUUCUACAUCCACUACGCGCACAAGGGCCUCUAAUAUCCUGCCCAUUGCCUAUAUCCCCGGUGUGACAAGCGCACUGACUGCUGAGAAGUUGCAGUCAAAGCUACGUUCGAGCGCUAAGAGACAAAACGCAGCCGGCGACAUUAGAUCACAUAUCACGUUGGGCUCGUCCAUCCUAGAUGGCCUAGAUGAAGAGUACGAUGACCACAACUUGGGCGCAAACAGGGACUCGGAAGAUAACCUGAUAACUGCCAUCCGUGCCAAACCGAAACUGGUUCAAAUAGCUGAGGAGGAGAGCGACAAGGAAAUCCAGGACCUAGACAUCAUCGAGGAGCAAUCAGAAGCGGACGACCUUACAGAAGAUGUUCCGCACAUCAGAAACGACGAAGACGAAGACGAAGACGAAGACGACGACGAGGGAAGUUUCAUUUUGGAUUUAGAGAUCCCCGAAUCAAUACGUGAGGGAACCAAGGACGAACGCGUGGAGAGCCCGUUCGAGGACAAGUUCCAACUACCAGACGAACAAUAG